AUGGAAACCCCAAACCACAAAGUAACAAUCGCGUCUUUUUCUUUGACUUCUCUAGCUAGUCAAGAUCCGGAACUGUUACAUGAUGAUAAUAAUGACGAUGAUGAUGAUGACCAGCAAGUGAAAACCUCAAAAUGGUUGGGAAAAAUCAAAGGCCUGAUUAAUCGUGCUUGGGACUACUGCUUCGAUGGUACUGCCCUAGAUUAUGAAGAAUUUCCCGGAACACAAUACCUCAUGACAGAUGAAUCAGAUUCCCAUUUACCAGAUUGCCCUGACUCCGUGGUCAAAAAAAUUGGCAACGUUAUUUUGGUACCACAACCUUCGGACUCCCCCAAUGACCCUCUUAAUUGGUCCAAAGUUCGCAAGGCUUGGAACCUUGGAAUUAUUGUUGUGUUUACUGCAUUAGCUGCUGCUGUUUCUAAUACUACCUAUAGUGCACAGGAAGUAAUGCACAAAGAACUUGGCGAGUACCUUGAUGAAGCCAUGAAUAUGGCUGGUGGUGUUUUAUUUUUUUCUAUUGCCUUUUCAUGUUACCUCAUGUCUCCCUCAUCAUACCUCUACGGCCGCAAAAUCAUGUACAUUAUAUGUCUUCUCAUGUGCAUCACUGGCUCGAUUGCUUUUUCAAAGGCUGGGUCUAUUGGUAGCGUUAUUAUGUCACAGUUGUUAAUUGGAGCCUCGGCAGCAGCUGCUGAAGCUCAAGUUCAGCAAUCCAUCUCUGAUUUGUUUUUCAUGCAUGAACGAAGUUUUGCAGUUGGUGUUUAUGUCUUGUCAUCUGCACUGGGAACUUUUAUGGGACCCUUUGUUUCAUGCUAUAUUUUGGCUGGAUCUGAAGAAGAACAAAUUAAAAAUGGUGCUGUACAUGCCAACAAACUACUUAGUAUGGUUUCAGGUUGGCGCUGGAUUGGUUGGUGGGCUGUGAUUUGCUCUGGCCUGUUGCUUGUGGUUAUGAUUUUUGGACUAGAAGAAACAUAUUUUGAUAGGAAAAAAUACCUAAAAAAGGCACAGCAACAGGUGGCUAAAAAUGAGCAAGAUGAUGCAUUAGAUAAAGAAUUGAUUCACCACAGACACAAGGAAGAUCAUAAUGACGAUGAUGGUACUCUUCAUGAUGAGCUUGCUCAUACAAUUCUGGUAGAUGGAGUUGUUUGGGCAUCGUCUGCUGAAGUGUCCCCCCGUGAUUUGGAAGAAGGUUUUUGUGCAGAGUCUUACAAUCCUCCUACAAUUGCUCAAAACAAUGACUGCACCUCUUGCAAUGUGACGUCUCAACUUUCAAGGGUUAUUACGCGCGCUAGUAUGACUGGGGCCGAUGAGCCUUUACUUCCCUACCACAAGCGGGUUGCAUUAAUUACGCCUGCUACAAACAUGCAAUGUUAUGGAGCCAAGCAAUACCGGCACCGACUGUGGAUUGGAAUGAGAGUAUUUUUAUUUGCACCGGUUAUUUAUGCAGGCAUCCAGUGGGGUUCGCAAAAUGCAUGGCUGGUGUUUUAUUUGACCACCAUGGCUGAAGACUGGCGAGUCAAGCCCUAUAGUUAUACCAGUGUUGAUGUUGCACUCAUGGGCAUUAGCUGGUUCAUUGGUUCAAUUAUUGGGUGUUUUUACGGCGGGUAUUUUGCAAACAAGUUGAUUAAGUAUGUGGUUGCUUUCAAUACGAGACGAGCCGAGCGGGAACGUUUGCGUGCUCUUGCUGAGGAGUCCAAGAGAAAUAUGCUUUACAUGAUUGGUAGCCGUGAAGCGAGAUCCAUUGCUAAGCCAAAGCGCUCGUUUUUCUUUCAAAUCCGUACACACCAUGAUGAAACGAUGGACAUUCCGUAUUACAAUCCCAGUCUGGAGUCUUUGAUGAAGGAUAUUCCAGAUAUGUUUCCAUGUAGCCAGAAUGGACGGCGAGUUGUGUUUGAGCCCGAGACCCGGUUGUACAUGUUGAUUCCAACUGCUUUGAUUUCUCCUCUUGGCUUGUUUUUGUUUGGUUGCGGGACUCAUUUUAAAUGGCACUGGUUUGUGUCAUAUCUUGGGCUUUUGUUUGUGGGGAUUGGAUGGGGAUGUGCUGGAGACUUGAGCCUGUCAUAUCUUAUGGAUGCCUACCCUGACAUGGUUCUCGAGAACAUGGUUGGCGCGGCGUUCAUUAGCAAUAUAAUUGCUGGUACUUUUGCCUUUUUCUCGCAACACAUUAUUGACAGGUAUGGUACCUUCAAGACGUAUUUGAUUCUGGGCUCACUCAACUUGUUUUUUUUCCUAUUGACUGUUUUGAUGAUUGCCAAGGGGAAAACGUGUCGCUUGAAGACGAAAAAGAUGUACUACGAGUUUCUCGAGGCAAGAGAUGGUAUCAACCAAUAA